AAAGAGAAUACAAAUACUACGUGCUUGUCAUUGUUCUGAGUACUACGUUGUGUGGCUGUCGUUUACUGCUGACAAUUGUGUUGAAAUAUCAAAUAUUAUUGAUUUUGUUGAUAUAAUAGUUUUAAAGGGUACUUUUAAAAAAUAUUAUGAAUGCGUUAUUGGAUUAUGGAUCUUCGUCAUCCUCUAGCGAAAGUGAAGAAGAAGUUGUUGACAAAGAGAAAUCUCCAUCGGAAAUUUCGAAACUGAAGCUUCCCAAGCCCGUGCUAGGAGAGAGUUCUUUACAAACCUCAGUGUUUUCGAAUCCAUUUGUCAAAGCAGAGCAGGAAAAGGCAGCUAUUCUGGAGAAACAUGUUAAAAUGGUUCCAGGCAAAGAAGAUACCCAGAUGAUAAAUGGCAAGAAGAUAUGCUGGAACCACAGGAAGGGACGCUGCAGGUUUGGGCACAACUGUAAAUAUGCACAUGACACGGACAUACAGAAGACAUCUGAUGAAUUGGAGGCUGAGAAGCAGAAACUGAAAACAGUGGUAUGUGAGGGUUCUGGCACCAUGACUUCAGCACCACCGCCUCAACUCCAAGAUCCAGCAUCACCCACUGAAGAUCCAUGGGAAGGGAAUACAGACAAGAAGAAACUCAAAAGGCCAGGGCUUCCACAAGGAUUAAUGCCUAACAAGAAAGUAAUUAAGAUGUACAAACAACAAAAACUUAAAGAUAUUAAAAAAUAAUAAAAAAUUACUAAAAUAA